GCAGUGAGAAAGGAGCUUCCUGGUGCUCUGUUCAUCCGAGGAGAGUGAGACUAUCAUCGUAGCACGGUUGGCUCGGUAGCUGCUGCCAUCAUGGAUGCUGCCUGCAGACGGGUGACGGCUCGGAGUCCCCGCAUGGCCCCUCUUGCUGCUGCUACCAGCAUGCGGUGGCUGGUUGCCCUCACCGGUGUGGCGAUUGCCGUCCUGCUGWUGCCGUCAACGGCUGCCGCGAGAAGAGGACUGGAAUCAGUGGAUGGCCACUUGCUUGCCACCGCUGUACCCAUGUUUUUUGAGAAAGCUGACGCCGGCGAGCUCCAGCAGCAGCGGUGUGGGCCGACGGUCGCAGGGCGUGAGACCCCUCGGUGCAUCCUGCGGCCGCCCUUCAACGCUGGAUAUGAGAACCGCACCUAUGUCGCCGGUGCCAGGUGGGUUACGGUCAAGCUGCAGGGCGGCUUCAACGACGCCGCCUAUCAGGGCGUCAUAGAAGGCAUUUCCUACUUCAACGGCAAAAACGUGGACGGGACGACGAUUCCUCUUGCAUCGCCAAUCAGGAUAAAUGGGACACUUCCUGGCGAAUUACCUGGCAUUGCGCUCACUACCCUCUUUGUACCCUCGUCGUUCACGGAUGCGCUCCCCAAACCUCAAGAAGACGAUGCCGGCCGGAUCUUCACCAGGAUGUGCGGGAACCAGCAGUUUUAUGUUCUGACAAUCGGUAGCGGUUUCCCGACCGCGGAGACGUUCCUCCGAGGUCAACUGAGGCUGAUGUUUUUGCUGGAUAGGGAUGGCGUGGGGUACAAGGCGCAGACGUUCCAGCUUGUCAGCUACGGCCCGCCGUUCCGCACGCAGACGCUAGAGAUAUGGGUCAGUGGGCUUUACUCACACUGCACAGCCUGAAGUACAGCUGAGUUGACGAUGUAUAGAAGAUUCGAAGGCGCAGCCAAUUUGGUCCUUGCUUUCCGUCCACCCGGGAGGGUCCAAUGACCUCAAUAAAUGUGGCUCUCCUUUGGGGUAGAACUCAAUUCUACCGCGSAGACGUUCCUCCGAGGUCAACUGAGGCUGAUCUUUCGGGGCUAGGAGGGUCAGAUGGUGUGGUGGAUCAUGAGUGAGUUUAGGCUAUCUAUGGGUUCUCUGGUGGUGAAGUGUUCGGCUGGGACGGAGCUUGAGUUUGGGCUGGAUUUCGUGGAAGCUCUUUCUGAAAUACUACUGAACUGUCCCCAGGGACUUCGUCUUUUUCGCUUCCCGGCCAAA